AUGAGCAUAAUUGACACUCUGGGUAACACUGCCGGACUUGCAGUUGGAGCUAUCUCCAAUUUGAUUUUUAGUGAAGAGACCCACGGCGAAAAGUUGCAAAAAAACAAUCCACAUGGCUCAUUUGCUGAAACGAGAGAAAAUGUCCACGCUAAGUGGUUCGUUGACGGCAAAGAUUAUUUCUAUGCCGUUUCUGAGGCGCUCUCAUCAGCCAAAAAAGAAAUCUUCAUUGAAGACUGGUGGCUCUCCCCUGAAUUGUACCUCCGAAGACCACCUGCCAAGAACGAACACUUCCGUCUCGAUCGUCUUUUGAAGAAAAAGGCGGAAGAGGGUGUGAAAGUUUAUGUUGUCGUUUACAAAGAAGUAUCGCAGCUUUUAACGCUCAAUUCCGAGCACAGCAAGAUUGCGCUGCAAUCUUUACAUCCGAACAUUAAGGUUCAAAGGCAUCCAGACCAUGAUGUUGAUGGAACGUAUCUCUGGGCGCAUCAUGAGAAAAUGGUUGUUAUCGACAGACGCAUAGCUUUCAUAGGUGGCUUGGAUCUCUGUUUCGGGCGUUACGACACUCACAGUCAUCAACUCGCAGAUAACGCGAGAAUUUCAAACCACGUGGAAGUCUGGCCUGGACAGGACUAUUCCAACCCCAGAAUUCUUGAUUUUGCCGAAGUCAACAAAUGGACUAAACCUCUCAUUGAUAGGAAGGAGUUUGCUCGUAUGCCGUGGCAUGACGUGUCAAUCGGCUUUGUCGGCAAACCUGCCCUUGACGUGGCACGUCAUUUUAUCGAGCGUUGGAACUUUAUCAAAAAAGAAAAGGCCGAGAAUAGGCCAGAAUAUCCUGUACUUAUUGCCAAGUCUGAUGCUCAAUAUGCGCGUGAGCACAAAAAAGAGUACCCGACGGGUUUUGAAACCUAUGAGUACUUUGGUAACAAACACAGCGUGCAUCCAGAACAAGGAACAGUAAAAGUUCAAAUCCUUAGAAGCAGCAGUAAAUGGAGUCACGGUAUUGAAACUGAGCAUUCGAUUAUGAAUGCUUAUAUUAGAUUGAUCAGAGAAGCGAAACAUUUUAUUUAUAUCGAAAAUCAGUUCUUCUGUACUGCGACGAAAGCCAGUAACAGUUUCGCUGUGAAGAAUCUUCUUGGCCAGGAACUCGUUGAACGUAUUAAAAUUGCUCAUCAGAAAAAGGAAAAAUUUAGAGUAAUCGUUUGUAUGCCAUUAUUGCCAAGUUUUCCGGCUGAAGUUGACUCAAAUGAUGCGGCCACUCUUCGACUUGUUUGCCAUUAUCAAUAUCUCUCUAUUUGCCGUGGUGGCGAAUCUAUUUUUGAUGAACUUAAAGAGGCUGGCAUCAAUCCCGAGGAUUAUAUUCAAUUCUUUGCUCUUCGUUCGUACGAUAAAAUCAAUCGACAAGCU